AUGGGUGAGGAUGGAAAUGCCAGUAUCUUCAACUUUUCCUACACCAGCUUUCUCCUGGUGGGCUUCCCUGGAUUGCAGGAGCGGCGGCCCCUUCUGGUCCUGCCUCUUACCUUCCUCUAUGUGUCCAUCGUUUCUGCCAAUGCCUUAGUCAUCCAUACAGUGGUGGCCCAGAGGAGCCUGCACCAGCCCAUGUACGUGCUCAUUGCCCUGCUCUUGGCUGUCAACAUCUGUGCUUCCACAGCUGUGAUGCCUAAAAUGCUGGAAGGCUUUGUGCAUUAUGCUAACCCCAUCUCAUUACAUGGCUGCCUAGCGCAAAUGUUCUUUAUCUACUUUACGCUCCUUCUGGACUACAACCUCCUGCUGGCCAUGGCCCUAGAUCGCUAUGUGGCCAUUUGCCACCCACUUCGCUAUACUGAACUGAUGACCUCUCACUUACUGGGCCUGAUUGCCACUUUUGCCCUGACCCGGAGCCUAGGAGUGGCAGUGCCCCUGGUGGUACUAACUGCAAAAGCUCGAUUCUGCCGGACUUCCGUGAUCCGACACUUCACCUGCGAAUACAUCGCACUGCUGAGCAUAGCUUGUGGAGACCUGACCUUCAAUAACCGGUUGGGAUUGGCUAUGCGGUUGGUCACCGUGACCUUUGAUCUGGCCUUACUGGGAAGCUCCUACACCCGUAUCAUCUAUGCUGCCUUCCGGAUCUCUUCUGGGGGAGCCCGAGCCAAGGCCUUGCACACUUGUGGCUCCCACUUACUGGUCAUCCUCACCAUCUAUCUUUCUGGUCUUUCCACUUCCAUUGUCUUUCGAGUGGCCAAGACUGUGUCUCAAGAUGUUCAGAACCUACUCAGUGCCAUAUAUCUGCUGCUCCCAGGAGCCUUGAAUCCUCUCAUUUAUGGGGUGAGAACUAAGGAGAUCCGGCAACACAUAGAGAAAAUGCUCUGUGGAAAGCAGUCACCCCAAGACAUCAGAGAGAAGUCGCAGAACAUGAGAGAGGAGAGGGAGUUACCUGGGUAAGAGGGCAUUACCAGCUUGAGAACUUGGGGCUGUGGCCUGUGAAAACAAGAAGUAGGCUGUCUGUACUAACAGGAUGAGUGGGUUCUUAGCAGGUUAUGGCUCAGUGGAGGCCUCUUGUUGAAGAUAUCAUUUGUUGAAUUCUUAGAACAUUCUGUUACUAACCCCCAAAAUAGGAUUGCUUGUAUUUGUCCUUCUAAGUUCAUUCUGUCUUCUUUCCAAUCCUUGAAAAAAACUAAAAUUAUUUGAGAAUGCCUGUACCUUUUCUAGGAGACACAGAGUAAGUCAAACAGACCACAAUCUGCCCUGAACCCCUGUUUGAAACAAAGUCCCAGCCCUUCUUGUCUCUGCUAGAUAAAGUCUAAGACUUGGCAUGAAUUUCAAUGUGACCAGAUAUGCCUGUCAGCCUCGAGGCUAAGUUCUAGAGUCCUGCUAGUCCUGAACACAGGUGAAGCCCUUGCCUGAGAUCCCAAAUCUAACACAGGCACACAGAGCCAGACAACCCUGGGUGUCAUUUAGACCACACAAAUAGGUCACCUCAUCAUAUCCAGGAGCCUCAGGCUGAAAGAUGGUCAGGCCAGACCUUCUCUGGGUUCAGGUCUGACACUGUUAGUUUGGUUUCUAUUGCUGUGAUAAACACCAGGAUCAAAAGCAGCCUGGGCAGAACAGGUUACCGUCCAUCAUGGAGGAACAAAAGCAGAGUAGAGACCACGGGGGAACGCUGCUUUCCGGGGCUUGCUCAUCUUGCAGCCCCGCCCACAGUGGGCUGGGCCCUCCCCUAUCAAUCAUUAAGAAAAUGCCCAAAGACUUGCCUACAGGCCAGUCUGAUGGAGACAUUUUCUCAGUUGAGCUUUCCACUUUCCAGAUGACUCUAGCUUGUUAACCAAAAAUUAACCAAUACAGAUCCUAAGACCAGAGUAGAGUCUACACUAUAGGCUCCAAUGAGCCUAAUUCCCAGGAAAGAACCCUGAGGUCUCCUUGGGCACACAGACAAGGUGCUGCUACAGAGCCCAGAUCUUAAGCAAAGACCAGAUUAGGCCCUGAUCUGGGGACUUGGGUCUGACCCAAACCCAGGUCAGGUCAUUUUCUCAAUGGUAGUAUGA